CCGCCCUGCACGUGCUUUCGGGGUAAACUGCGGGCAAGUUGUAUCCGGGCCCUUCCCGUCACCCGCUUCAGACCCUCCUCGCUCCCUGGCCUCUCGGCGCCGCCGCGCUCACCUGAACCGCCUCGCUCCCACAAGCGCGCUCCGGACGCUGGGUGCACAGGGUGUGAGCCUGGAACGAGAGCCAUCGCCGCGACGAAUGAGGACGCGAAACCGCCGUGGGAAAGCGCCCCCUGCCAAACCCGCGAGCCCGGGGUGAUACGCAUGCGCGCAGGAGGAGGGGGGGGGGGCGCUAGGACCCGACGUGCCGGCCGGCCGGCCGGGGGGCGUGUCCACGUCCACGCCAGCGUCCUCCGGAAGUCUCGCGAUGUUUGCAUUUGAACAGUUUGGCGGGUGAGAGCCAUGGCGGAGCCAGUCCCGCGACCCCGGAACCGGCUCUUACGAACGUAUGGGGCUGUGGGCGGCGGGGGGCCGCGGUGGCGGUCGGGCCGGGCCGGCGCGCAGUGGUUCGCGCCUCAAGAUUCAAAGCGUUUCUUCAGCAGCACCAGCAGCAGCAACGCCAGCAGUGACGACCCCUCGCCGCCCGCCGCCUCCGACGACUCUGACGACCCCGACUUCUGCAGCGAGGUGGGUCCGCGGCGGAGGCGAGCUGGCGGGCGAACCUCCAAGGCCCGGCCGAGCCUGAUGAUGACUCCGAGACGCCUGAGGCUGCGAGCGCGGCCGCCGCGGAAGUGCAGCACGCCCUGCAGCCCACUCGGGCCGCCGCCCUUCCCCAGCAGCACCCCGGGCCGCCUCAGCCCGGACCUCAGUGUGUGCAGCCAGCCCAGCGACGGCGGCCAGCUGGGCACCAGCGCCUCCCUGUUUAGCUCCCCAGCCUCUCCCGGCCCCGGGUCCCCAGCGCCGGGAGACAGUGUCGUAGGUACCGGCCCCUCUACCUCUCUGGAUGCCGCCUCUCCGGACCAAGCACCUCAUUCCUGCACCCAGGAGGCAGCAACAGGAGGAGGCGGGUUCACCAGCUUGGCCCGCCACGCUCGUGCAAGCCUCACGCCAGCUCUCUUUAGCCUUACGGAUUCGGAGAACCCUGAGGAUUCUGAGUUUGGGACAGGCGGGAAGGAUAUGCGGGAGUCCCGCUGUGCAAGGGAACUGAUGGGGAAGAGGCUGGAGAGCCUCGCUUUGUCAAGCAGGCGGAGGAAGAGGGCCACAGACAAGGGCUCUUGUCGAGAGACUGGGGCUCAAGGGGCUGUUCCGACAGAAUGUGGGGAGGCCAGUGGUUGCAGGAGCUGCAAAGGACCCGGGAACACCAACAGGCCUGAGAGAACUGGGCCAGGCCAGAAAAGGAAACAUCGGGAGGCAGUAGAAACCUCCCUCCUCCAUCACCACCAGUUUAAGAAGGGCCACAGGCCGGGCAAAGAUUCACUCCUUACCCAGGACCUGACUCCAUUACAGAAUGACUGCUCUUGGACCAAAGCCAGGGCUUCCUUCAGUUUCCAUAAGAAAAAGAUCGUGACCGCUGUGUCAGAAGUGAGCAACAACGCCACUACCAGUUCUCCCCCGGCGUCCUUCGUGUCAGAAUAUUCAAACCCUUCUGUCCUGAACAAAACAACCAGCAGUGCCCCAUCCCCUUGGCACUCCUCUUCCAUGUAUUUGCUCACCCCCUUAAAGACACUGCAUGUCGCAGACCAAAAGGCAUCUGAUGCUGAAAAGGUUUAUAGGGAAUGCGACCAGGAGGGUCCUGUCCCCUUUAGCGCUUGCCUUUCCACGGAGGAACUGGAAAGCUGUGAGAAGAUUGGGGAAGGAGUGUUUGGGGAAGUGUUUCAAACAACUGCUAAUUGUACACCAGUAGCCCUAAAAAUCAUUGCUAUUGAAGGACCGGAUUUAGUCAAUGGAGCCCACCAGAAAACUUUUGAGGAAAUCCUCCCCGAGAUCAUCAUCUCCAAAGAGUUGAGCCUCCUGUCUGAUGCUGCAUGCCACCGCACAGAUGGCUUUAUUGGGCUGAACUCAGUGCACUGUGUUCGUGGACCUUACCCUCCCUUGCUCCUCAAAGCCUGGGAUCACUAUAACUCAACCAAAGGGUCUGCAAAUGACCGGCCUGACUUUUUCGACCAAGACCAGCUCUUCAUUGUGCUUGAAUUUGAAUUUGGAGGAACUGACUUAGAGCAAAGGAGAAAGACGCUGUCCUCCAUAGCUACUGCGAAGAGCAUUCUGCACCAGCUCACCGCCUCCCUUGCCGUUGCAGAGGCAUCGCUGCACUUUGAGCACCGAGACUUACACUGGGGGAAUGUGCUGUUAAAGAAAACCAGCCUCAAGGAAGUCCACUACACCCUCAGCGGGAAGACAGGUACUAUCCCCACCUGUGGGCUGCAAGUCAACAUCAUUGACUACACCCUGUCGCGCUUGGAGCGGGAUGGGGUUGUGGUUUUCUGUGACAUUUCCAAGGAUGAGGACCUUUUUACAGGUGAAGGUGACUACCAGUUUGAGAUCUACAGGCUAAUGAAGAGGGAGAACAACAACUGCUGGGGUGAAUAUCACCCUUACAGCAACGUGCUCUGGCUACAUUACCUCACAGAUAAGAUUCUGAAGGAAAUGGUCUUCAAGAGGAAAUGUAACACCCCUGCCUUGAAGCAAAUAAAGAAAGACAUCGUGCAUUUCCAUGGGACAAUGCUGAACUUCAGCUCUGCCACUGACCUGCUCUGCCAACACAGUCUAUUUAACAGCCAGUGACCGCAUCAGCAGCUUACGCAAGGACUCUCUGCCCAGGGCCUGAAGCGGGAAUGGAGCCAGAGUUAGAAAGGAAACCUCCUACUUCCUGGAGACUGGAGAUGCAAUUUGCAGAAGUCAGAGCUUGACACUCCGACUGGGUCAAUAGUUUGGGGCAAAGUUUUUUGGAUUUUCUCUAGUUUUGUUUUUAAUAUAGACAAGUAGCCUGCUCUCUUUCACCCAACCCAGUGAGCGUGAGCAAGGUUAAACUAUAAGCUCCCAGCUAGAACUCAUUCUCUGGAAACAUCUGUGUGCUUAAACUAAUACCAAAGCACGCCUCCUCGUCCAUUUUAUCAGUGGAGUAAAAAAUGUCUUUGCCAAACCAUCAAAGUAAUCAUUGAUUCAGGUAAGAAUCAUGAAUGGAUGUUAAACAGGAUACAUUCAUAAUCUCCAAGCAUCGCCUAUAAGAUUCUUAUUCAUGACCAGGGGAAACGGCACCAGUCGUGGGACAAAGCAGUGUGCCCCUGACAUGACACCUAGAAGGACCAACUUCACUUCUAUAAUAUUCUUGCCCAAAAUGCACAAUCUAAUCUAAUCGUGAGGAAACAUCAGACAAAUUCAAGUUGAGAAACAUUCUACAAAAUAACUGGCCUGUAUCCUUCGGAAAUGUUGAAGUCAUUAAAGACUGAGAAACUGCUCCAAAUUAAAGGAGAGCAAAGAUAAGUGAUGACAAAAUGCAAUAAAUGAUGCCAGACCGGCAGAAAAAGUUUUUUCUUUUGCAAUAAAGGACAUUAAUAGGACAACUGAUAAGAUUUAAAUAAAUUAGGUAAUAGUAUUUUAUUAUUAUUUCCUGAUUUUGAUCAUUGCACUGAGGUUUUGUAAGAGAAUGUCCUUGAUUUUAGGAAAUAGAUACUGAAUACUGGAGGGUAAGGCAUCAAAUCUAUAACUUACUCUCAAAUGGUUCAGAAAUAUAAAUGUAUAUAUGUGUGUAAUUUGUAUAUAUGUAUAUGUACUGUCUAUAUAUAUCGAGAAAGAAUGGUAAAGCAAUGUGAAUAACAAAACGUGCAGAUGUUAACAUUUUGGAAAUCUGGAUAAAGAAUGUAUGGGGAGCCCGGCCAGCAUGGUUCAGUGGUUGAGCAUCAACUCAUGAACCAGGAGGUCAUGGUUCGAUUCCUGGUCAGGGCACAUGCCCGGGUUGCAGGCUGGAUCCUCAUUGUAGGGCGUGCAAGAGGCAGCUGAUCAAUGAUUCUCUCUCACCAAUGAUGUUUCUAUCUCUCUCCCUACCCCUCCCUCUCUGAAAUCCAUAAAAAAUAUAUAUUUUUAAAAAGAAUGCAUGGGGAUUAUUUUGGAGUGUGCUUAUAACUUUAUAGUAAACCAACUUAAUCCAAAAUAAAGAUUUUUAAAAUAUAUAUAUAAUUAGUGAUUAUCUGCUUAUUGACAAAACUUUAUUACAUUAAUUCUCCCAAUCUUUUUCUCAUCUAACUU